CCCCGGCCGGGAGCCUCCGCCGCGUCCUCAACCUCGCUCCCUUUUGCGUCCCGGGAGCCUGCGAGCACCCGGCCGAGGGCGCAGCCGAGUCUUGCGGGAGUCGCCCCGAAAGCGUCGGGUUUGUGUGGGGUUAGCGGGGGCCGCCGCGCCACCUGCACCUCGCCCGCCGCCGCCUCGGGGAAAACCCGAAGAGGAGGCAGACCAGGAGAAGAGCAAAGAAAAGCAGCUCGUCUGGAUUUGUUUGCCCAGGACUGGCGCCGCGCACGCGGAUCGCCGAGGGGAGUGCGGUCGGAGUCACCGCGCCCCCGCCUCCCCGCCCGGGCGGCUGAGGCCGGGGGGUUGGAGCACUGCCCCCGCGCACAGUCCCGGAGCGCCCGACGUCUCCGCGCAGGUUCUUGAAGCAGCUGGGCCUGGGGCGCCCACUAAUGUGGCCCUGAGGGCCGGAGCCCGCACCGACGGGAGCUGGAGCCGGAGCAGCUGCGGGCGCCGAGUGGCCGGUGCGCCCGGCCGAGCGCGCCUGCGUGCGUGGCCAGCGCGCUCCCCGUUUCUGCCUGGCUUUCCGGCUUAAUUUUCCUCGGCGGGAUUAAAGUUGGAAAUUGACCGGAGAAUUGAGUUGCUGGGGAACAGAGCCCCAGCCGCCGCCAGAGCGAUGUUCCCGCAGAGCAGGCACCCGACGCCGCACCAGGCUGCAGGCCAGCCCUUCAAGUUCACUAUCCCGGAGUCCCUGGACCAGAUUAAAGAGGAAUUCCAGUUCCUGCAGGCGCAGUGUCGCAGCCUUAAAUUGGAAUGUGAGAAACUGGCAAGUGAAAAGACAGAAAUGCAGAGGCACUAUGUGAUGUAUUACAAAAUGUUACACGGAUUAAACAUUGAAAUGCACAAACAGACUGAAAUCGCCAAGAGAUUGAAUACGAUUUGUGCACAAGUCAUCCCAUUUCUGUCUCAGGAACAUCAACAACAGGUGGCCCAGGCUGUCGAACGUGCCAAACAGGUGACCAUGGCAGAGUUGAAUGCCAUCAUCGGGCAGCAGCAGUUGCAAGCUCAGCAUCGUUCUCAUGGCCACAGACCCCCAGUUCCCCUUACGCCUCACCCUUCGGGACUUCAGCCUCCUAGAAUCCCGCCCCUCGGGGGCAGUGCCGGCCUUCUUGCACUGUCUAGUGCUCUGAGUGGGCAGUCUUACUUGGCAAUAAAAGAUGACAAGAAGCAUCACGAUGCAGAGCACCACAGAGGUGAGAGGCCCGGCAAGCCAGAUUAGGACUUUGUCCUCAUACUCUUACAGUGCUGCACAGUUGUGUGCAUCGCUAAAGAGAGCCCCAACGUAUACAGAGAGCAAACAAUGAGAUAAGAGGAACCGUCGCAAAGCUUUCCACUGAAACACAGGUCACCCUGGAAGUUUGCAGGGUUUGCUGUGGGCAUAUGUAGAUUUCUCAAUCUGGUUAGAUUGCAGGCAUCUUGACAUCUUGGCAACUGCCUAGUUAAUGCCAGUGGCCUGUACCAUAUUAUGGAAAACUGUUAACUGCUUAAUUGGGUAAUUUUCAAAGAAAGUAAUGUUAAAUGGGGCGAAAUAAGAAGUUAAAUUUGAAAGUGAAUGUGUUCAAAUGAAAGGUUUGAUAAUUGCGUCUGUUACUACUUAGUUUCAUAGGCUUUAAUUCUAGUAUGCAUUAA